CGGGUGUGUGGCGCUUUCUGUGGACUCCGUCGUUUUCGAAGUGUCCCUUUCCUGUCGCUGGGUGCGUGGAGUCGGCUCGUGGGUCUCCAAGACCCGAAAGUUGAGAGCUUCUUUGCGCCCCGGCGGCUGCGCGUGGCGGCUCGGCGGCCGGCACGAUGCCACAAAACGAAUAUAUUGAGUUACACCGUAAGCGCUAUGGAUAUCGUUUGGAUUACCAUGAGAAAAAGAGAAAGAAGGAAGGUCGAGAAGCUCAUGAACGUUCCAAGAAGGCAAAAAAGAUGAUUGGUCUGAAAGCUAAGCUCUACCAUAAACAGCGCCAUGCUGAGAAAAUCCAAAUGAAAAAGACUAUCAAGAUGCAUGAAAAGAGAAACACCAAACAAAAGAAUGAUGAAAAGACUCCACAAGGAGCAGUACCUGCAUACCUGCUGGACCGAGAGGGGCAGUCCCGAGCUAAAGUGCUUUCCAAUAUGAUUAAACAGAAACGAAAAGAGAAAGCGGGAAAAUGGGAAGUCCCUCUGCCGAAAGUUCGUGCUCAGGGAGAAACAGAAGUAUUAAAAGUUAUUCGAACAGGAAAGAGAAAGAAGAAAGCCUGGAAGAGGAUGGUUACUAAAGUCUGCUUUGUUGGAGAUGGGUUUACUCGAAAACCACCGAAAUAUGAAAGAUUCAUUAGGCCAAUGGGCUUACGUUUCAAGAAGGCCCAUGUAACCCACCCUGAACUGAAGGCCACCUUUUGCCUGCCCAUCCUGGGCGUGAAGAAGAAUCCCUCCUCCCCGCUAUAUACCACUUUGGGUGUUAUCACCAAAGGUACUGUCAUCGAGGUGAACGUGAGCGAGCUAGGCCUUGUGACACAAGGAGGCAAGGUCAUCUGGGGAAAAUAUGCCCAGGUUACCAACAAUCCUGAAAAUGAUGGAUGCAUAAAUGCAGUCUUACUGGUUUGACAGCAGUUUCCCACAAGUAGCUCCUUAAUGAUUAUUGAAGACUACAUACCAAUCAAUCAGGAAAACCACCAUUACUGUGAUGUUUCUGAAUACUGCCAACCAGCCUUACACGUCUGCAGUCAUCAAGAGAACUAUUUAUUCUAUUGUAAAAAACAGUAAAAUGGCCCAGUUUUACAAA